AUGAAGCAUCUCACUGGGCUUACGAUGAAAGAUUUGGAUAGUUUGAGAGAGAUUAAGUUUGAUUGGGCAGGGAAAGGAAAGGAAACAGUGGGGUAUAGCAGUCUCAACCCGAAGGUCAAAUGCUUCCAUGGCCUUUGCGAAGUGGUCAUCAAUAGAUGCCAGAUGUUGAAGAAUUUGACAUGGCUUAUUUUUGCCCCAAACCUCGUAUAUCUUAAAAUAGGACAGUGUGAUGAAAUGGAAGAAGUGAUAGGUAAAGGUGCAGAGGAUGGAGGAAAUCUGAGCCCAUUCACAAAACUCAUGCGACUGGAGUUAAAUGGUUUACCCCAACUGAAGAAUGUGUACCGGAAUCCCUUGCCCUUUCUUUACCUUGACAGAAUUGAAGUAGUUGGGUGUCCAAAGCUGAAGAAGCUGCCACUCAACUCCAACAGUGCCAAUCAAGGUAGAGUUGUUAUGGUAGGAAAGCAAGAGUGGUGGAAUGAGUUAGAAUGGGAGGAUGAAGCUACUCUAACUACUUUCCUUCCCAGUUUCAAAGCAAUAUAA